AGUGCCUUGUGGUUUUGAGAUCGCACUGAAGUUUAACUGUAAGUGAAUAAGUUGCAUCGAAUGAAAGAAGACUACUGUGCUUUUCUGUGACUCUGUGGUGUCAGCUAUAUAGUUAAAAAAAUAGGCUAGUUCAUUUUUGCCAUCAAAAUGUUUAUUAUACGUAUAAAUGAAUUUGAAAAGUUUGAUGUUUUGUGUUGAUAAUUUGGAAUUUCUUUUACGAAAUUCACUGAUAAUGGCCUAUAAAUCCAUUGAUUUCCUAGGAGAAGUUAAGAGAAAAGAGAACACAAUGGGACCAGGAUUUCUUCGCGGAGUUCGCUUUCCCUUAAUCCUUAUUUUGGCGUUACUCGUCUUAUUCCUGUUUUUUUUCUACAAAUCCAAUCCAGCAGCAGAGGUGAAAACGAAUGUUAGUCAAAUGGCGAAUUCGAUUCAAGUCAACAAACACCAACAAAAUUUUAGCGAAGUGCAUCUGAAUUUGGCACAACCAUUGCCGUUGACAAAAUACAACUUGAUGGAGGACACUUAUGGGGACAACUGGGCCAAGACGCCAGCAGAUAAAUAUUUGGAUUUGUCCUUUUGCACAAUAGAAUACGCCAACGAAAAGAAACUGCAACAAGACCAUCCGUGUUUGAUCCAACUCAUCCGAGACAAAUACCUGCUCCAGCCAGCAUCUAAAGAACUUCCUUACGUGCUGGAUCAUCCCGAAACAAUCGAUCCUUCCAAUGGCCAAGCCAAUGACAUUAGGGAAAUUUUGAAAAAUAAAACCAAGGGCUUUUUCGUUGAGAAUGGCGGAUUCGACGGCGAAUUCCUCUCCAACACCUUCUUCAUGGAGCGCUAUCUCGAUUGGAAUGGAUUGCUCAUAGAAGCCGAUCAAAAAUCUUUUAGUAAGCUGCUUUCUCGCAAUCGAAAGGCUUACAGUUUGCCCAACUGCAUCAGCACCAAACCUUACCCGAUCAAAGUUCUAUUCAACGGCCCUAACAAUGCUGGGGGUUUAAUCGUUGAAACAUUAGAAGCAAAUAAUAAUACGAGUAAAAGCAGAGAUGAAGAUAAUAACGAGAGCGUCUACACUGUUCAGUGUUUCCCGUUCUAUUCCAUCCUACUGGCCGUUGGCAGGACUGACGUCGACUAUUUUGGACUGGACGUCGAAGGAUCCGAGUACAAAAUCCUGGAAACCAUUCCUUGGCAUAAAGUCAACAUCAAGACGAUGACGGUGGAGUGGAAUCACAUUCCAGAGGGGGAGCCUGCUUUAACUCGUCUGAUGGAGAGCAACAAUUAUAAAAAGUUUCGCAUGAUUUCAUUAAAUUAUAGCAGGGAAGUCAUUUACGUCCACGAAUCGGUCGUUGUCCGCAAAUGAAAGAAAGUAUAAAAUAUACCUACACCUGCUUAUACAGAAUGACGCAAUAUGCUUGAGAAAUAAAAUCCAGACAAUAUUUG